AUGACGGACAAUGAGGCCGUCUCCCGCAUCAGCUCGUUUACGAGCGCGAGUGCCGGCACCGACAGCAGUACUCGCUCUUCCAUAACCGUAAAGCCCUCGACGCCUCCCCUAGGCUCCAUGAGCGCUCGCCGGGGAUCCAAUAUGCGCAUCGCCACAGAUGGUAGUGGUUAUCGCCGGAGAACCUCCAAGGACGACGCCCAAAUAUCUCCCACAUCUACAACAGCUACUCGAGGCACUCUGUCACCACCGUUGUCAAACUCUGCUCCCAGUGUCCCACCCAAAGAUCGUCGAUUGAGCGACCUUACCAACUACCGCCGUGAUCUUGCCGUUCUCGAGCCGACUCGUUCACAUCCGCCGCACUCAUCAUCACCAUCGUCAUCGCAAGCCCAGCAGCCGCUCCACAGCCACUCUGGGGGCAGCUUGGCGGCAAGCUCCCAAAUUGCCCCAUGGACGUCUUCAGGCUUGCCCGCCGGGUCCUCUCCCAAGGGGUUGACCACGACCUUCUAUAAUGAUUCCAGCGAUAGCUUGUCUCUUACGUCACAGCUGUCUCCCGGAUUGCCGUCAGCGACAGGCCGUCCGGGGACUGGCUCUGGUUCCAUCAGCCAGGACUAUGCCGAUGCACUCUAUGAUAACAUGGACGGCAGGCGACCUUCAGUCGCCAGCGUUGUUACAACCGCCAGUAGUCAGGGCUCGAAAACCAGCGUUAAUCGCGGUGGAUUCCGGAAGCUUCAAGGUUUUUUUGGCGAGGAGUUUCCCGGCCAUGACAGCUCAGAGAGUAGCCUUCCUAUCUCAGUCCCUGGCAAGGAUCAACGGUCACGAUCUUAUAGCCAUGGCCGUCCAACCCAACGCGAUCGCAACUACUCCAACGCGACCGACCGAGAACAGUCGCCUUCCUCGAGGCCAAGAACUCCUGUGCCAAAUCCAGAAGUCGUUCCUUUCCUCUAUCAGGAUAAUACGGACAUUGCUCGUUACGGGGAAGCGCCUGUUCGCGAUAUACUGACUGGGCCCGAUCGGGAGCGUUACGAAAGCUCCGCCGGCCAGAAUCCGCCCAAGUCCUCGUCGUCCGCCCGAUCUGGACCUGUCCAUCAUCUGCACAGCCACCACCACCGACAGAACAAAAGUAAUGAUGACCCUAGGACGUUGAGACCGACUGCUAGUAGAGAGGACUCGCUUAGCUCUGCACAACAAAUAAGGGACCGCCCGUCGAUCGGUAUGCUUAACCAACGAACAAGAGCACACAGUCCGACACCUAGUGCCAACAGCGGACCACCCGGUUCAAGGUCUGGUCUUCAUGCAGACGGCUCAACCUCACCGGGUCAACAUGGACGGCGCGGUAUUCUGGGGCGCCUUCGACGCCACCACAGGGACAAGGACGACGCCGCAUCCAAGUUGCGAGAUUUGCCCCAAUCAACCAAGUCGUUGCAGGCCAAACCUUCAAAGGCAGACAUCCAACGGCCCGAUAUCUUUCCUGGAUACUAUCCGGGGACUCCCGAACCAGGUGACAUGCUGGAUCCUCGGAUUGCGGCUCACCGUGCCGCCACAUUCAACAACAAAUUCCCAUUUUCCAAAAAGACCCGACCUCAAAGGGCUUGUGAUUAUACUGACGAAGCCAUCGGCCCCACGGAUUAUAAUGACCCGGGCCAUGUAUAUCACCUUGAUACCAACCUGAAUGAUAUGGAGGGCAUCUUGACAAGGCCGCCGCCCUUGACGCCCAUGGAUUCGACUUUUAUCAAUAGCAUCGACGGUGACCAGAGAGAAUCCUCGAUUGAAGGCCCAAAGGGUCGAUGGGAUGCCCCAGACAGUUGGGCUGUUCGCAGGAACACCGAAGACAAUUCCGAGGACGUGCCCGAAGUGGACGAGAUCGGUAGCCCACCGCGGCCAGACGAGAAGUUGGCUUCAUAUUUUAUCCGAAUAUUCCGAUCUGAUGGCACGUUUUCGACGCAUUCGAUGGUACUCGACGCUACAGUUACCGACGUCAUAUCGCAGGUUAUUAAGAAGACUUAUGUGGUUGACGGCCUGGAGAACUAUCACAUCAUCAUGAAGAAGCAUGAUCUCAUUCGAGUAUUGGCACCGGCCGAACGACCCUUGCUUAUGCAAAAGCGACUGCUCCAACAGGUUGGGUAUGAGGAGAAGGAUCGAAUCGAGGAGCUGGGUCGAGAGGACAACGGCUACCUCUGCCGUUUCAUGUUCUUGUCCGCCCGGGAAAGCGAUUUUCAUGCCAAGACCAUGGAUUUGGGCAUAUCCCGUUCGCAGAAGCUCAACUAUGUCGAUCUUUCAGGACGCAAUCUCGUUACUAUUCCUAUAUCCCUGUACAAAAAGGCGGCCGACAUUAUUUCAUUAAACUUGUCUAGAAACCUGUCUCUUGAUGUUCCUCGAGACUUUAUCCAAUCCUGCAAACAACUUCGAGAUAUCAAAUAUAAUAACAACGAGGCGAGAAAGCUACCGCUGAGCUUAGGACGAGCUGGCAGGCUCACUUUCUUGGACGUAUCCAAUAAUAGGCUGGAACAGUUGGAGCAUGCAGAAUUGAAUUCGCUGACUGGGUUGCUCAAGAUGAACCUAGCGAACAAUAGGCUGACCCAUCUCCCACCAUACUUUGGGGCCUACCAGGCCCUUCGCAGCUUGAAUAUCUCGUCCAACUUUCUCGACAAGUUUCCUCCAUUCUUGUGUCAAUUGCACAGCCUGGUUGAUCUCGAUCUUAGCUUCAACGCCAUUGCAACCCUUCCGGACGAGCUCGGCAACUUGAAGAACCUGGAAAAGCUCUUGAUGACCAAUAACAGAUUGGCUGAAGAAGUCCCUCAAGGUUUUCGCCAGCUGCUGAGUCUGCGAGAGUUGGACAUCAAGUAUAACUCUAUUACAAGUAUUGACAUCAUUUCAGAACUCCCCAAGCUGGAGAUUCUGACUGCUGCCCACAACCACAUAUCCUCCUUUGUCGGAAAGUUUGAAACUAUUCGACAACUCAAGCUGAACUCAAACCCGCUUACCAAGUUUGAGAUUAUUGAGCCUGUUCCUACUCUGAAGACCCUCAACCUGUCGCACGCUCAACUUGCCAGUAUCGAUUCCGCAUUCUCCAGCAUGAUAAAUCUCGAGACGCUAGUUUUGGACAGAAACUACUUUGUCUCCUUGCCCCAGCAGAUUGGAACGCUAAGCCGCUUAGAGCACUUCAGCAUCGCUAACAAUUCUGUGGGUGAACUGCCCCCUCAAAUUGGCUGCCUUACCGAACUUCGAGUCCUGGACGUACGAGGAAACAACAUUUCAAAACUGCCCAUGGAAAUUUGGUGGGCCAACAAGCUGGAGACCUUCAAUGCAUCGUCAAACGUGCUCGAGACAUUCCCCAAACCCGCAUCGAGGCCGCCGCGAGUUCCUGGCGAGGAACCAACGGGGCCUCCUCCCGUGCAAAAUGGCAAACCUUUAACCCUGAAUCCAAUACCGUCAAAUCCCAGCUCCGAGGACCUUGCUGACGACCGACGCCCAAGCCAAGCCUCGAGCACCCUUCUUAGUGUUGGCCCCUCACCAGUCUUGACCACGACAGACAGGAAGAGCUCCGUGGUGUCCGUCUAUGGAAAGGGUGGGCGUAAGACGUCUGUUGUUUCUCGAGCAGCCUCCCAGGCUACCAACUCCACUGCAUCGCCGCCAACUACCACUAGGAAGGAUUCUGGACUUUCUUCGAGGCUUACUAAUACCUUUGCCGGAUCACUUCGAAACUUGUAUAUUGCUGACAACCGGCUGGACGACGAUGUUUUUGACCAGAUUAUCCUGCUUUCCGAACUGCGCGUCCUUAACCUCUCGUAUAAUGAUGAAAUCAGUGAUAUGCCUCAAAGAUCGAUCAAGAACUGGCCCCAGCUUGUGGAGUUGUACCUGUCUGGCAACGGCCUGACUUCGCUGCCCGCUGACGACCUGGAGGAGUCGAGUCUUUUGCAGACCUUGUACAUCAACGGAAAUAAAUUCACCAAUUUGCCUGCGGACAUUUCGAGGGCCAAGAAGCUGGCCGUCCUGGACUGCGGCAAUAACUACCUGAAGUACAACAUUUCAAAUGUGCCCUACGAUUGGAACUGGAACCUGAACCCCAAUCUGCGCUACCUUAACCUUUCCGGCAACAAGCGACUGGAAAUCAAGCAGACGGCAUGGGGUGGGCCAGAUGGACCUGGCGCAGUGAACCGGGAGCAGUACACCGACUUUAGCCGGUUGCUGAACCUGAGAAUCCUAGGUCUCAUGGACGUCACCUUGACGCAGCCCAGCAUCCCCGACCAGAGCGAGGACAGACGAGUUCGGACAUCUGGCUCACUGGCCGGUCACCUCCCCUACGGUAUGGCGGACACGCUGGGCAAGAACGAGCACUUGUCAACGGUAGAUCUUGUGGUGCCUCGGUUCAACUCGUCCGAAACGGAGAUGCUGCUGGGUCUAUUCGAUGGCCAAGCCUUGUCAAGCGGUGGCUCCAAGAUAGCAAAGUAUCUGCAUGAGAACUUUGGCCAUAUAUUCGCCACGGAACUGAAAGCUAUAAAGAACAAACCAGAUGACACUCCAACCGACGCAUUGCGAAGGGCGUUUUUGGGCUUGAACAAAGACCUGGUCACGGUUGCCGUCCAACACUCUGAGGAAAGAUCCAAGGCGACUCAUAGGGGCUCAGCGCAACCGGUCGUACUCAGUAAGGAGGACUUGAACUCCGGCGGCGUAGCUACAGUCCUGUACCUGCAAGCCACGGAGCUCUAUGUCGCCAACGUCGGUGACGUCCAAGCCAUGGUCAUCAAAACAGACGGCAAGCAUGAGAUUCUCACAAGAAAGCAUGAUCCGGCGGAGCCAUCGGAACGCUCGAGGAUCAGGGAAGCCGGGGGUUGGGUGUCCCGCAACGGCCGAUUGAACGACUUGCUUCAAGUUUCCCGGGCUUUCGGCUAUGUCGAUCUGAUGCCCGCAGUGCAGGCGGCGCCCCACGUUACCCAAAUGACGAUCAAGGAGCACGAUGAAAUUAUCUUGCUGGCCACCCGUGAGCUUUGGGAGUAUCUUGCUCCAGGUCUUAUUACAGAUAUUGCCCGAUCCGAGCGGCAGGACCUCAUGAGAGCAGCCCAAAAGUUGCGUGAUCUGGCCAUGGCAUACGGCGCGUCUGGGAAGAUUAUGGUCAUGAUGAUUGGCGUUGCUGACCUCAAGAGGAGAGUUGAGCGAUCUCGCUUGCAUCGCGGCACUAGCAUGUCUCUGUAUCCUUCAGGGAUACCGGACGAUACCCAAGUAUUCUCUACCAGACGAAUACGCAAAGCAAAGGGAGAUGUGCUGGACUCGUCACUCAACAGACUCGAAGCCGAGAUUCCUGCACCAACUGGCAAUGUGUCCAUUGUAUUCACCGACAUCAAGAACUCGACGACACUCUGGGAGAUGUACUCGAGCGCGAUGAGGUCUGCCAUCAAGCUGCACAAUGAGGUUAUGCGGCGUCAAUUACGCAGAAUUGGAGGGUACGAAGUCAAGACCGAAGGCGAUGCCUUCAUGGUCUCGUUUCCCACAGCGACUUCUGCGCUUCUCUGGUGCUUUGCAGUCCAGAUGGAACUGCUGGAUGUCAGCUGGCCGUCCGAAGUUUUGAAUUCCAUGUCGUGCCAGCCCAUAUAUGAUAAAGAGGGCGCCUUGAUUUUCAAAGGGUUGUCUGUGAGAAUGGGUAUCCAUUAUGGAGAUUGCGUCAGCGAGACGGAUCCUGUGACGCGCCGCAUGGAUUACUUUGGCCCCAUGGUCAACAAGGCAUCCAGAAUUUCGACGGUGGCAGACGGCGGUCAAAUUACUGUUUCCUCUGAUUUCAUCUCGGAGAUUCAGCGAUGCCUGGAAAAUUACCAAGACAGCGAGCGUAAUAGCUCCGCCGGAUCUGACGAGGCAUUCGAAGAUGAGUCGUUUGCGGCCACGAUCCGAAAGGACCUGAGAUCUCUUACCUCCCAGGGGUUCGAAGUUAAGGAGAUGGGAGAGAAGAAGCUCAAGGGACUGGAAAAUCCUGAAGUUGUGUACUCUUUGUAUCCCCACGCCUUGGCUGGACGAAUAGAUCAGCACCAGCAGCAUGAGCGACGGGAUGAUUGUCUUGAAAGGCCUGUCAUUCUUGCCCCCGGUAGUGAGUUGUCUUUCGACCCAGAAAGCAUUUGGGCACUCUGGAGAGUUAGCCUUCGUUUGGAGAUGCUGUGCAGCACGCUCGAAGAAGUAAGGGGAUCUGGCCUGCAACCACCAGAGACUGAGCUCUUGGAACGCAUGAGAUCGAGGUGUGGAGAGGUGACGGAAAGGUUCUUGCUCAACUUUAUGGAACACCAAGUGAGCAGAAUAGAGACAUGUGUCUCGACCCUUUCAAUGCGACAUCUGGCUCUCGGGCAACCGAUCAUCAAAGAACUCAAUGACCUUCGUGGCCCCAUGUCGACGAUACUCGAUUUCUUUGCGAAGCAAAAACAAGAACUGGCGCGAUACAAACAGACUUUCGGGGACUUGCCAUCUGAGAAUGAUGCCUCAGGCGGCAAGCCACAACAGGCUGUAAUCAGCGCCGAAGAGGUGGAUUACUAG